CUUGCCUAAUUAUUCUUCAUUUACAAUCCGCGACUCUUUUGCAUCCUUUCCGUGCGCCGGUUCGUUCGGCAAUCUGCCCACACUCGCAUUUGCAACAUUCCUCCUCGAGCCUCCUCCCCACACCAACGGAACACAUACAAAUCACCAACACCCUCUCCCCUUUUCGCCCUCAGAUCUCCCCGUCCUUGAGAAAGUCCUCUCCAUGUGCAUUCUGUGGAAGGCCGUGCGUUUGGUGCUUCGUGCCAGGCCCUUCGGAGCCAAGCUGGAAGGCGUGCCGAGGCUAGUUUAUAUCAAUCUGACCUUUAGGGAAAAAAGGAUACAAUGAAGGACUUUCGUCGGAUCCGCAUGGGUGCAGAGGCGCUUGUGCGGGCGCGUGCCCUUUUCCACCUUCGGGAAUUCCUCCCUGACCUUGCCCAUGGGGUCGAUACGUGCCGCGUCUACAGCCUCAUCGUCAAGACCUUGGAGAGCAUCUGUAUCGGCUUCUUUCCUUCACAUCCAGCCGCUACGGGGCUCGGCCUGGGAGCUUGCGUUGACAUCGUCUCGGCGGAGAGAUCCUGUCGUCUGUGUGCGGAGCAGGGUGUUGGUAUUUCUCUGUUGAGAAAGGUUGUCUCUGCCACGCACAUGCAGUUGAAAGCCAUGUAUAGAGAGCUAGGAACGGCUCGUGAGAACAAUCUAGAACGACGCACCGAAUGUUGCGGCGACUCAUGCGCGUCAAGGGCGAGACGGAAAGUUAGCCACGUGCGUCUGCACGAAUGCAGAUGCCCAAACACGCCAUGCCGUCGUCAGGAACGCUUCAUCUUACCUGCGUCUGUCGAAAGAAAUGAAUUUGAACAAAAAAAAUUUUUUCAAAAAAGAAGGAACUGGACUCGAUCAAGUCUCUCUAUUCCCGGACCAAGGAAAGGGAAAAGCCAGAAGCCAUACCGAGGCUAGACUUUGCACUUCCACAGGAGGCUUUUGGCCAAUGUACGAAGUACGUCUCUGUACAUAAUGUAAAGAAAAAUUG